GGAGUAUAUUGUUACCAUCCAUUUAUUGCAAAAGUAUUUGGAGAGUAUUGGAUUUACGGUGGAUCAAGCUAAUCUGGAGAUUAAAAAUUUCCUAACUGAACUGAAUACUUUCCUUAAAUUAUUCAAUGGAAGACAAAAAGUUCUGGAAGUUGGUAGAAAUCAGCUCGUUAGAUCUGAGUUAAUGUCAUCGAUUUUAGAUAUAAAAAGUUAAUCAUUUCCACUUUUUCAAACUGUGAUUGUUUGUUAAUUGUUUCAUACAACAAUCAUGGCGAAUAACUAAAAACACCUUAUUAGGAUUGACAAGAAAUUCAAGAAAUAGUUACAUGGAUACAACAUAAAUACGUCAAGCUUCAAUUCUUGGCUAAAGUUAUUCAGAUGAUAACAAGGUUUCCCUAUUCGUAGCAUUGCUAAACAGUUAAUUUAAUAAUAACAAGUGUCUCCAACUGGAAACUUUAGCUUCUAUCCUUAAGUUUUUUUUUAUAAAAAAGUUCAAGGCGAAAGUACAAAGAUGAAGGACGAUACUGAAACUGAAUCGGUCGAUAUAAUUGCCUCACCAUCGCCCCGUGGCUAUAUUAAUGAACUUUUAGCUUUGCAAGAUCCUUUGGCUACAGUUUUCAUUUACGAAAAUCUAUUUAAUCAGCUAUCAUCAUUUCCAAGUGGACCGAAUGUCUAUAAUUGUGAAGAAAAUGUAUCACCAAUCUCUCAUUUAGAUCAACAGUGUAAUCAAUUGGCCUCAGGCGUUCAAAUGGAAAUGCAAAUUGAACCAGUUUAUGAUUUAUUGGACAUUUCGACAUCAGUUCGUAGGAACUUAUCAGAACAACGACAAUUAACCAGCUCAGAAAAGGAUAAUGAUCCUUUGUCUCCAUCCAAUAGUAAACCAAGCGGAUUAUUUAAUUCCUCUGUUUUUGAGCAAUUGAUUGAGGAUAAUUUUGUUAAAAUUAAUCUUGAAGAUGAACUUUUAGCUCUUGGUAUUGGAUUACGACAAUUUGAGCACAACAAAUAUCAAGAGUUGAGACAAGUAGUGAAUAUGUUCAAUGAGACACAACCAGCAAUUUCCAAUGGUAAUCAAUCAAAUAGUAUCUUGAAAUUGACCAUUGAAAGGAUCCAAAGUCAUACAGAGAAAUGGAUUAAAUCAUUAAAGUUUAUUUCAUCUUUUAACAAUAUUUGUCUGGAUGAUCAAGUUUUAUGUAUUAAAUCACAAUUCGUUAAUCUGUGUAUUGUUAGUAGUCUUGGAAUCAUUAAUCCAAAGACAAAAUCGAUUCAGAGAAAUGGAAUCAACAUUAGUAUGGGAAAAUGUCCAAUGAUGAGGGAUCAAAGAUUCAUCAACUUAUUAUCCUCAAUGGAUUCUAAUCUUCGUAUGGAUCCAAUAAUUAACGUUCUUCUUGUAUUAAUCCAUCUCUUUAACUCAUCUACACCAAAUCUAACCUCUAAUUACAAUAUAAGAAAGGAAUACAUAAUAACCGUUCAUCUGCUACAAAAGUAUCUUGAAGAGGUUCGAGGUUUAUCCCCUCAUCAGGCCGAUUCUCAAGUAUCAAAGCUCAUUUGUGAUCUUAACGAUUUUCUAUCGACUCUAAAUGGACAAAAGGAUUCCUUGAUCCUAUGAAAACUGCUCUUGUCGCAAAAUCCAAAUUUUAUGAGGAUUUUUUUUUCUAAUUACAAAUAAUUACUAUCGAACACAAUUAACCAUAAACAGCGUCACUUGAUUACAUUUUGUCCCUGUAUUUAUCUCAUCAAUCUAUUAUACCAAUUGAUGAAGACAAUAGGAACCAUAUUUCACUAAUAUUGUCAAUCAUCGGAUUGAUCUACAAUUGAGAUAAAACUAAAUCAAUUGUCACUUCCAUAGCCACUCAUUUAAUAAAACAAGUAUGAUUUCAAUCAUUA